AUGGCGCUCGACCUGUCUGACCAAGCCCUGUGCGCCGCCUACGAGGACCUGCUGCGCCCCGACGGAGCAGUAAACUGGCUCGUACUCGACUAUGCGACCCCGACACGCCUAUCUCUCGCCGCACGAGGCGCGCACGGCCUCGAGGAGCUGAGAGCUCAGCUCGUCCCGAAUCGCGUCCUGUUCGGCCUCCUGUCGGUAGAGGGCAAGGUCCUGCUGUGGAGCCAGAUCCCUCACGCCGUCGGCGGCGUCAAGCGAGCGCGCGCUCUCGUGCACGAGCGCACUGUCGCAAACGCCUUUCAGGGCUACACGGCCACGUUGAGCGUCUCGUCGCCCGUCGACCUCUCGCCGGACGCCGUCGCCAUCCGCCUGUUCCACCAGCCACACCUGUCCACGAGCCGCCCUCGCACCGCGUCCCCGCCAAUCAGCCCACACCUUCCGACCUCGACCUCGCGCCAGCACUCGUCCACCGCCGGCUCGGUACGGCGGCCAUCGGUGCCCGAGAGCACCGUCUCGGGCCACGGGCAGAAGCCCUCGUCGCCAAGGACGGCCGGCACGUCAGCCACCUUUGCGACGAGCCAGCAGCCGACUCGCUACGAGAGCGCGCCGACCGCCGUCGUCGCGCAGCCUGAUUCGGCGGCACGCCGUUCGCUCGACCAGUCGUUCUCGCCUGGGUACCCGGCGCACCUCGCCAGCGCAUCCCUCGGCUCCCGCGCCGGGCACCUACCUGGACGCGACGCACCUCCUCCGCGAGCCCACGCGACGCCCCUGUACGACUCGUUCGCCUCGACCGCCCCUCGCGCCGACCCGACCGUUCCGCCCGAGGUCCGCCCGUCCUCCGCCUCGCCGCCCGUCUCGCCCGGCCUCCUCGCCGCGAGCCCGAACGCGAGCGGCAUCUUCGAGUCGGCCGCAGCCGCCAUGCUCGUCGCGUCGGCGUCGGACCCGUCCCUCGCCGGGCACGCGCUCUCGGCCCAGGGCGUUCCUGUCGACGUCGCCGAGGACGACGCGAGCGUCGCGCGCGCUCCGCCACCCGAGCCGUAUUCGGCAGAAGGGACGGUCGACGCGCACGGCGGCGAGCGUGAGCUGCAGGAGCGCACGCGCGCUCUCGAGCUCGAGGGGAGGGAGGACGCCGCUCGGCUCGAGCGCGAGCGGCGGGAGCGCGACGCCGAGGCGGCGGCGGCGCAUGCUCGGCAAGAGUCAGAGGAGCGUACGGCGCGCGACGAGGAGGAGGCGGUGCGGCGAGCAGCCGAGAGCGAGGAGCGCGCGCGGUCCGCUGCCGAGGACGAGACGCAGGCCCGCCGCGCUGCUGAGGAGGAGUACCGGCGGCAGGCCGAGGCUGAGCUCGAGCGCGAGCGAGUCGCAGAGGAGGAGAGGCGUGGGGCGGCCGAGGAGGAGGCGGCGCGACGAGUGCAGGACGAGGAGCGGCAGCGGAUUGAGGAGGCGGCGGAGCUCGCGCGGCGAGAGGAGGCCGUGCGUCGCGCCGAGGAGGAGCGCGUCCUGCACGAGCAGCGCGUCGCCGAGGAGCGACGACUCGUCGAGGAGGCAGAGCGGGCCAGGGUCGAGGAGGAGGAGCGGACGCGGCGAGCCGAGGAGGAGAUGCGGCUCCUCAUCGAGCGGCAGCGCGCCGAGAAGCAGCUGCGCGAGCAGGAGGAGGCUCGGCUGCGCGAGGAGGAGCGGGUGCGGGCUGUCGAGGCGCGCCGGUCGCGCCUCGUCCGGCAGAGGGACGCCGGCGAGGUCAUGCUGGCGGGCACGGUCAACGUGCAGGGCGGCGGCUCGAUGCUGUGGAAGCGGCGCUACUUCCGCCUGACCGCCUCGAGGCUCGACUUCUUCAAGAGCGAGACAGACGCCGACGUGCCCGUCGACAGCCUCGCCGUCGCCGACAUCGAGCGCCUGACGUCCAACCCGGAGGAGGCGCUCGUCCCGCACGCGUUCAAGGCGACGCUCAACGAUGGCGACGAGCGCCUGUUCUACUACCUGUCGGCGGAGGAGACUGAGACGCUCGUCGAGGCGCUGCAGUGCGCGCUGCGGCGGUGA